AUGAAGAAUAAACCGAAAGCAUACGAUAGUAAAGAUAAAUUAAGAAAAACUAAAACAAAAAAGGAUUUAGAAAAAACUUGCAAAAAAAAUGUUGUUAAAAGAUUGGAAGUUGCAUUUUUCGGUCAUAGAAAUAUAUUUUUAAAAGAUAUACAUAACUUUAUAGUUAAUUUAAGAAUUGGAAAAUAUAUUUUAAGAAAUGAAAUAUUUGAAAUAAAAAACAACGAAUGCUUAAAUAACUUAAUUAUUGUUAUAAUCCCAAAUUUAUCUAAUUUUUAUAUUAAAGAUAUUUCAACAGAUAAUGUAUUUAACAAAUUACAAAAGAAUAACAAUUUUAGAAAAAUUCACACAGAGAAUUGUGUAAGAAAUAAUUGUAGUAAUAUAAUUUUUAAAUCAUUAGGAGUAUCAGUUUUAAAAAACAAAAGAAAAUUUAACUUUCAAAAUAAUUUUAACAUUGAUAAAUAUUUAUUAACUAAAGAUCAAAUGAUAAUAAAUAAAUAUCCCACAGAGUCAGACAAUUAUAUGAAUUUUGAAAAUAUAGAAUACAAUAAAUGGGAGAAACAAAUAUAUGAUAUGCAUAAAUAUUUAUCAAAAACAAUGAAUUCAACAUAUGUAGUUUAUUUAAAUACAUACACUGCACAAAAUGAUGAAAAUGAAUGUAACAGAAAUGUAAUAGGUGAUGAAGAAAAAGAUUUAAAUGAAAAUAUAAAGGAAAAUGAUAUAUCACAAAAAAAUAUAUUCACAGAUGAACAUAUAAAGUUAUAUACUGAAGUAUUAGAAAAACUUUUAAAAGUUUCAAAACAAAAUAAAAAUCAAUUAAAAGGAAGUGUCAGUAUAUCAAAUCAAAAUAAUGAUUGUGUAAAUUCAUUAGAUAAAGAAGUUCAAGAAACUGCAGAGCAGGAAAACAAUGAAAAAAAUGAAAAUCCAAAUAUGAUGAAUUUGGGUUUGGUGAUAAAUGAUAAGAUGAAUGAAAUAGACCAUUUAAAAUAUAAAGAUUUGAAUGACAUGAAAAUGAGAGAAGCAAAUAAUUUAUGCUCAAAUGUAAGUAAUAAUAAUGAAAAAGAAAAUAAAGAUAAAAAUAAAAGUGAAAAUUAUAUUGGUGAAUUUGAUUUAGAUAAUAUUUUUAGUAUUGAUUGCGAAAUGUGUGAAACAAUAAAUAACCAAAGGGAAUUAACAAAAAUAACAGUAGUUGAUGCUUAUAUGAAUAUUGUAUAUGAUUCUUAUGUAGUUCCUGAUAAUAAAAUUACAAAUUAUUUAACUUUAUAUUCAGGAAUAAAUGAAAGUACAUUAGAAAAUGUAAAAACAAAAUUAAAAGAUGUACAAGAAAAUUUAAAAAAGUUUUUAAAUAAUAAAUCUAUUUUAAUUGGUCACUCACUUGAAAAUGACUUACAUGCUCUUAAAAUUAGUCAUCCAUAUGUAAUUGAUACUUCUAUUAUUUAUUCUAAUUCUAAUUACUUUUCAAAACCAUCUUUAUUUCAACUUUCCAAAAAAUAUUUAAAUAUUAUUAUGAAAAGAGAAAAUGGUCAUAAUUCAAUUGAUGAUGCAAAAAUCAGCAUGUUUUUAGCUUUAAAAAAGAUAAGUGAAUUGGAUACAAAUGACUUUCAUUGUUAUUUUCAACCAUUAUCCUUUUUUUUGAAUAAAGCAAACUUUAAAGAUAUAAAAAAUAAUAUAAUUUAUGAUGAAGACAUAACAUAUAAAUAUGAAAAAAAUAUGUGUAUAUUUGAUUCAAAAAAUAAAUAUAUUGAAGAAAGGGUUCCAAAAAAUUUUUUACGAAAUUGUUUUCAUUGUAUUUGUGAAAACGAUGAUGAAUGUACAGAAAACUUAAUUUUAAAUAUAAAAAAUAAAAAUAAAAUAAAAAAUUAUUUAUUAAUAUUGAGAGAAUAUGAAAAUUUAUGUAAUGAAAAAAUAUAUAACUGCAUUAAAAAUGUUAAUAACAAAGAUUUUAAAGUAGAGGAUAAUGAGAAAAUAUUUGAAAUACCAACAAGGGUUGAAGCAAAUGAUACUUUAAAUAAAUUAAGUGCAAAUAUUGAAAAAAUUUAUAAUAAUAUGGAUAAGAAUGAUGCUUUAAUACUUUUAUCAUUUAAUAACAAUUAUUUAGCUGAAGAAAAAGUUAAAGAGACAUUUUUUUUAGCAAAAGAUAUUUUUUAUUCUCAAGUAGAUAUAAAUGAUAAGUUAAAUAAUAUUAAUGAAAAAAUUAAUUCAAUAGAAAAAAUGAUGAAUAAAAAAAAAAAAAGUAACGAUUGUUCAAGUAAUCAUUUUUAUGAAUUUCUUCAUUUGUUAUAUACUUACGAUAAAUAUGUUGUUCAUUAUUUAAACGAAAAUAAAACAAAUGAUAAAAAUAUUUACAUUAUGAAUUCCUUAACAAAUUUAAAAAAUAAUUUAAUUAUAAACAACAAAAAAAGAGAAUUUAAUGGAUGGUUUUCCAUAUUAUUAAAAAAUUAA